AUGUUCGACUGUAGUACCCGGUUGGACGGUCGCGGGGUUCAAGCACGGACGAUCGCCGGUGGGGUGUUCACCACUACAGUCCAGGCAUCGGGUUCUUACGCCCGGGGGACAUCGCUGCCGCUCAUGUUGGCCUGCACAAUGUCCGCACCGCGGUGUUUCCUUGCACGGCCACGCCAGGUGUCCAAACCGUUGACACCGGAAGCACCUCUUUUUCUUGAUCUCACGGCAUUCCACGCUGCCGAAGUAUCUCUGGCCGAUAAGAAGGCCGUUGUUUAG